UAGCUGACAUGAACAAUGAUGGGAGGAUGGAUCAGUUGGAGUUUUCAAUAGCUAUGAAACUUAUCAAGUUAAAACUACAAGGUUAUCAACUCCCAUCUACACUGCCUCCUGUCAUGAAGCAACCACCUAUUGCUCUUCCUGGUGCACCAGGAUUUGCCACAUUGCCAAAGAGUUCUUCCUUUAGUAGAUCUGGUCCAGGAUCACAGUUAAAUGCAAAACUACAAAAGGCACAGUCGUUUGAUGUGGCUAGUGUGCCGCCUGUGGCAGAGUGGGCAGUACCUCAGUCAUCAAGGCUGAAGUAUAGGCAGCUGUUCAAUAGCCAUGAUAAAACAAUGAGUGGACACUUAACAGGUCCACAAGCAAGAACUAUUCUUAUGCAGUCAAGUUUACCCCAGGCUCAGCUGGCUACAAUAUGGAAUCUUUCCGAUAUUGAUCAAGAUGGAAAACUUACAGCUGAAGAGUUUAUUCUGGCUAUGCACUUAAUUGAUGUAGCUAUGUCUGGUCAGCCACUGCCACCUGUACUGCCUCCAGAGUAUAUUCCACCUUCAUUUAGAAGAGUGCGCUCUGGUAGCGGCGUAUCUGCUGCAAGUUCAGGAUCUGUAGACCAAAGGUUACCAGAAGAACCAGCAUUAGAAGAAGAACAGCAGCAACUGGAAAAGAAAUUACCAGUUACGUUCGAAGACAAAAAACGGGAGAACUUUGAACGUGGCAAUCUAGAGCUUGAGAAGCGGCGUCAGGCUCUGCUGGAGCAGCAGCGCAAAGAGCAGGAGCGCCUGGCGCAGCUGGAGCGGGCAGAGCAGGAGAGGAAGGAGCGGGAGCGGCAGGAGCAGGAGCGUAAGAGACAGCUGGAGCUGGAGAAACAGCUGGAGAAACAGCGGGAAUUGGAACGGCAGAGAGAAGAGGAAAGAAGGAAAGAAAUAGAAAGAAGAGAGGCUGCAAAACGGGAGCUUGAGAGGCAACGACAGCUUGAGUGGGAGCGUAAUCGUCGGCAGGAGCUACUAAAUCAAAGAAACAGAGAGCAAGAAGACAUAGUUGUUCUGAAGGCAAAGAAGAAGACCUUAGAAUUCGAGCUGGAAGCUCUAAAUGAUAAAAAAAAUCAGUUGGAGGGAAAGCUUCAAGAUAUCAGAUGUCGACUGUCUACCCAAAGGCAAGAAAUUGAAAGUACAAAUAAGUCUAGAGAACUGAGAAUUGCAGAAAUCACCCAUUUGCAACAGCAGCUACAGGAAUCUCAGCAGAUGCUUGGAAGGUUGAUUCCAGAAAAGCAAUUACUUAAUGAUCAGCUAAAGCAAGUUCAACAGAACAGUUUGCACAGAGAUUCUCUUCUUACUAUUAAAAGAGCCUUAGAAGCCAAGGAACUAGCACGUCAGCAGCUUCGAGACCAGCUAGAUGAAGUAGAAAAAGAAACCAGAUCUAAACUUCAGGAAAUUGAUAUUUUCAAUAAUCAGCUGAAGGAGCUGAGAGAAAUACAUAACAAACAGCAACUACAGAAGCAAAAGAACUUGGAAGCUGAGAGACUGAAACAGAAGGAACAAGAAAGGAAGACAGUAGAACUGGAAAAGCAAAAAGAAGCUCAAAG